AUGCACGACAUCUAUAUCGCGCAGCGCAGCGUACAGGCCGAGUUUUACCGAGUCACCCUCAAGCAAGAGACUCCUACAGAAGAAGAGCGACAAGAGUCCAUCCGAGCAUGUCAUAAGCGUUGCGCAGAACGAACCCUACGUGUUCUCGAGAAGAAUGGGUCUAUCUUUAUAAAGUUGGGCCAGCAUCUCAGUAGCAUGGGUUAUCUUCUUCCGUUGGAAUGGACGACGACCUUCGUCCCCCUUCAAGACAAGUGUCCCGUCUCGUCUAUCGAGUCCGUUGAGGAAAUGUUCGUCACCGACACAGGCCAUCGCAUCGAUGAAUUAUUCUCGAGUUUUGAGCCAUUGCCCAUUGGAGCCGCAUCUCUUGCCCAGGUCCACAUUGGUACGCUGAAGGAGACUGGUCAGAAGGUUGCUGUUAAAGUGCAGCAUCCUGCAUUGGCCGAAUGGGUGCCCUUGGACCUGGCAUUGACACGGUUUACUUUCUCGAUGCUGAAACGAUUCUUUCCCGAAUAUGAUCUAGAGUGGCUCUCGAAUGAAAUGGAUUUCUCGCUACCUCAGGAAUUGGAUUUCCGCAUGGAGGCAGAGAAUGCCAGGAGGGCUAGUGAGUACUUUAAAAAGCGCUCGGAUGCUCCGUUAGUGAUUCCGGAAGUCAUGUGGGCUCAGAAGCGAAUUUUGGUUAUGGAGUUCCUCUCGGGCCAUCGUCCGGAUGAUCUCGAAUAUUUGGACUCCAACCAUAUUGACCGCGACGAGGUCUCCGCCGCGUUCGCGCAUAUCUUCAACGAAAUGAUCUUCGGAGACAAUGCCCCGUUACACUGCGACCCCCACGGCGGUAAUAUCGCCAUUCGCAAGAACCCCAACCGACGCCGCCACAACUUUGAUAUCAUCCUCUACGACCACGGCCUGUACCGCGACAUUCCACGCGAUUUACGUCGUAACUAUGCUAAGCUCUGGCUGGCGGUCAUCGAGGCGGAUGAAGGCCGCAUGCGCGAGUAUGCGCGCAAGGUCGCAGGUAUCACAGACGAGCAAUUUCCCCUGUUCGCGAGCGCAAUCACCGGACGAGAUUAUACCGUGCUAGCCAAGAAGGAUGUCGCUUCUCCACGCACGGCUGCCGAAAAGGAGAACAUCUCCGGUGCUCUCGGGGAGGGCAUGCUGCAACAGCUUGUUGAGUUGCUCGGCCAGGUACCCCGGAUCAUCCUUUUGAUUCUGAAGACAAACGAUCUGACCCGCAGUCUGGACGAAAAUCUACAUACCCGACAGGGACCCGUACGCACAUUCCUUAUCCUAGCCCGCUACGCUACUCGUACCGUCUUCGAAGAGAAGAUGGAGAACAUCAACGAAACCGGCGGCAUCCUCCGCCCACUCAACUUCUUGCGGUUCCUCUGGGCCUGGACAGGCUAUCUCCGGGUUGAACUGAAACUCUCCGUCUACGAGACUCUGCUGUCUAUGAAAAGUCGGCUCGGGUUGAUCGGAUAG